AUGGUCAAACUCGCUCUCCUCAACACGCUCGUCGCCAGCGCCGUCCUCGUCUCUGCGCUCCCCUCGAAGCGCGCGAGCUGCACGAUCAACUCUGUUGACUCGGCGAGCGACAUCUCGGACUGCUCGAGCGUCACCAUCAAUGCGUUCACGGUGCCUAGUGGCAAGACGCUCACGUUGAAGCCUGCUGACGGUGCCAAAAUCACUGUCGCUGGGACCAUCACUUUCGCGAAGACCUCUACCGAGGGCCCGCUCUUCACCAUCGACGGCACCGACAUCACCUUCGACGGUGCCGGAAAGACCGCUUUCGACGGCCAAGGUGCUGAGUACUGGGAUGGCAAGGGCACCAACGGCGGCGCCUUCAAGCCGCACCCGCUGCUCAAGUUCAAGGGCUCCGGCACCUACUCGGACUUCACUGUCUUGAACUCGCCCGCGCAGGCUGUGUCUAUCGGUAACAGCGAUGGCCUGACCUUCGACGGCAUCACCAUCGACAACAGCGCGGGUGACGAGGGCGAGCUCGGCCACAACACCGAUGGCUUCGACGUCUCUGCUGAGGACGUCACCAUCCAGAACAGUGUCGUGAAGAACCAGGACGACUGCAUCGCGAUCAACUCUGGCAAGAACAUCACCUUCAAGAACAACCAGUGCUCCGGCGGCCACGGCAUCUCCGUCGGCUCCAUCUCUUCCGACAAGACCGUCGACACCGUCACCAUCACCGGCAACACCGUCAAGGACUCCAUGUACGGCCUGCGCAUCAAGGUCAAGGCCGCCGCCACCAACGCCGGCGUCACCAACGUGAACUACUCCGGCAACACCAUCAGCGGCAUCGACAAGUACGGCGUGCUCAUCUCGCAGUCGUACCCCGACGACGCCGGCACCCCGGGCACGGGCGCACCGAUCAGCGGCGUGAACUUCAAGGGCGACGCGACGACGGUGAGCGUGAACAGCAAGGCGAAGCGCCUCACCGUCGACUGCGGCGCGUGCUCCGGCAACUGGGACUUCUCGGCGCUCAAGAUUACGGGCGGCGUGGAGGGCUCGGUGGCCAGCGACAAGGCGAAAAUUUCGGGUGGGUCGUACUAG